CCCCCUCCUGGUCCAGCUCAUUAUGCCGCUCGUCGGGCUCUCUGGCUCACUCCCACAAAGGUCCAUCACCGCUCUCCUCCAUCCUCGUCUCGUCAGAGAUUAGAGCAGCUUCUUAGUGAGCCAGGUGCCGUCAAUAAUGAGCAAGCUUGGAAGGAUGGAAUUGAGAAAGUCUGGAAGGGUCUUGUAAAUGGCGGUCGUUUGAAACGCAGCCUUCCCCUAACUCUCGUAAUUAAAGUCAUCCAUGCUGGUUGGCUCAGAGAUCCUGAUACUUGGCCUUCUGGCGCAGCAGCCCCGGAUUCAGAUCAGGAU